UCUUUUCAAAGGUUCCUAGAAUUAUUCUAUCCUAAUGUUUUACUUUUCUAGUUUUAUCCUAUUUCUAGUCUGUAAUGAGUAAGAAUAUAACAUGAUGAAAAAGUAUAAUUAAAAAUUUAAAUCUAUAACUGCUUAAAAAAAUGACGACUACUUUCGAGAUCUGAAUAUAUGUGAAUAUAUGUUUGUGUAUAAGUUAUUUGUGUACGUUUAACUUUAUAGACGUUGGAAUGGAGAAUAGACAUGCACCGCCCGGUGUCAAUUCCCGCUCACAGACAGCAGCACAGUCAGCGGCAGAUCUCGAGGUUCUUCGAGAGAUCGACCAUGUAUACUUCUCUCCGACGUCCGAGUUCGACGCGGCUCGUUAUGUCUUGGAGCACGCGCCUUCGCCUCCGGACUGCGUCGCUAUCGAGGCUAUGUUCAGCAAGCUUAAGCGACAGCAACAGGUAGUAUCUGGUAAAGCUCUUCACUUAAUAUCCCAACAACGUGACAAUUGCGAUAGAGAAUUCGCUGAGAUCCAAAAUAUUCGCGCACAACUGUCAGACACUUUGGAAACAUGCAAGAAAGCUAGGGAACGGUUAAAGACCGCUUCAAACCAUCUGACUAUAUCCACCUUUGUCAUACUCGCUAAUGUUAGAAAGAGACAAAUAAUAAAAUCAGUUCUGAAGUCGUUGCAAUUGUUACAAAAUCUGCGGAGCGUUGAAAAUGACGUGGCUGAAUUUUUGAGUAAAAAAGAAUAUUAUGAAGCAAUCGAUUUAAUAUUAAAAAGUAAGAAAGCGGCAGCCGCGCAUAAAGAGUUUACUUGCAUAGCAGACCUCGCUACAAGACUACAAGAUACUUUAGACAUGACAGAGGAAAGACUAGAUUCGGUACUGGCAAGUAUCUGUUAUAAUUUCGACGAAAACGUUUUUAAGAAGUUAAAGAAAGCUUACGACCUCCUUGGUAAAACUCAAGCUGCGAUGGAACAGUUACACAUGCAUUAUUCCUCUGCUGUAAACGAGUCUGCGUUAGAAGCUAUAAAACCUUAUUUGAAUAAUAAUUCAAUGGAAAUGAAGUUUCAAGAAAUGUGCCAAACCGUUCCAACUACAAAAGCACCGCUUUGCUUGUUGAAUUUGUGCGAGAAACUGUUUCUAGUGAUGAAGAGUUACUAUUUGCUGGUCAGUUGGCACACGAAGAACGAGGACACUGUGCCGAGUUCAAACGUUUUCGAUAUAGAGAAGAACGUCAGCAGGGAAUACAUCAAGCAGAAGUUAAAAGCAGGUCUCAUAAGGAUAUGGAAUGAUGUACAAGCGAAGGUGUCUACAUUCUUAAAGAGUUCAGGUUUAGAAGAAUUUCCAUUUGAAAAGUUUAUACAAAUGCUGGGCAUAUUGAGGAAGUUGACACAAGUUGCUGAGAUAUUUUGUGGAGACAAAUCUGAUUUAUUGCAAGAUUUCAUCAAAACCCAAAGCGUAUCUUACAUAAAGAACUACCACAGAGGACGGAUGGAGGAAUUGAAACUAUUCCUGGAAAACGAAGGCUGGGAACAGUGCCCAGUCAAAUCAACAUUCAAUCUUCAAAAUUUGCAAGAAUUCAAACAGUUCAGGAAAUAUUUGAACCCGGUUAAAUCUGACACUUCAAUCGCGAAAACUCAAUCCGAUGCAACGUCGUCCGCGCCUUCACAGGAUGAUAGCGUUUAUAUAUCGAAAUAUUUCACGCAAAAAACAUCUAGAACUCCCUUCGAAAUAUUCAGAAACGAAAACGUUACGAAUGACGAUAUAUUCGGAAUCGAGCCGGAAUCGGAUGCGAGCGAUGAAUCCGAUGAUGAACCGGAUGAGUUGAGGCGAGAUUUCGUCGAAGACGACAGACACGAUUACACAACAACUAACGAUUACAUACCGACAAGUCCUUCGAAAUUAAAAGAAAGCGUUAUAGUCACGAACACGACUCUGUCAGUUCUCCGAAAUUGCGGACAAUAUCUUCAAAUCAGUAGAUACCUGCCACAGAUCUCGCUAGAAGUCAUCAUGCUUAUGAACCAGCUGUUUGAUUAUUACUUCUACGCUGUCCACAUAUUCUUCACGUCCGAUUUGGACGUCGCCUCCUCAACUUUGUACACUUCGAAACUAAAUUUAGUCCUUAAAAGGAUAUCCAAUAGUAUCAAUGUGUCGACGGAGGACAAUGCAAGCUUUGAGUGUCCGAGCAUUCCACAGCACUUGGACAUGGAUUCCGAGGCUAAUCUGCACGGCUUGAGCGAGCGUAUUGUUGGCGUCGAAAGUGUUAUAUUCCUCGCGAAGCAAUAUGAACUUUUACACCCGUAUUUAGAAUCUAUAGUUGCUCAGCAUCAACGAAUGAUUUUGGAACAUUUUAGAGAUAAUACGUUAGCUGUCGUGGCAGAUUUGAGGAUGCCUGUUUAUAUGUGUUCGGCUUCGAAAGCGGUCGAUGCUCGUUCAGCUUUGAUAGCGAUGUCACAAGUCCGAUGGGACGUUAAGAACGUAGCAGUCGAACAUAGUCCGUACGUAGAUAUGAUUAUACGAAAAAUUCAAGUGUUCGCCCUCCGUUUAGAGAAUAUAUCAUCAAAGGUUACUCUUAAUUUGGAGGUCAUAAACUCCAUUUGGUCAAUGGUUUCGAAAUUCAUUGUCCAUUUGUUAGUGGAAGGCUUUUCAAACGCGACGAAAUGUUCAAAUGGGGGUCGGGGGUUGAUGCAGUUAGAUUAUAGACAAUUAUUCGUUAAACUGGAAAAGAUCUCUCGUCUCAAACCUAUUCCGUUUCAAGACUAUGUCGAUAGAUAUGUCAAAGCGUACUAUUUACCAAGGAAUGAAUUGGAAAGUUUUGUUAAAGAAAAAACGGAGUAUUCCAAUAAACAUUUACUAGCUUUGGUGUCGUGUGCCUGCGAAAACAAACGGGACAGGCAAGCUUUAAGUGCUAUCGUCGAAAAUAAAGACAAUCCCGCUUAACUUUUUAAUGUUAAAUGAAGAUUGUCUAUGGUAAGCGUAAAUCGACUGAAAAAUACAAAUAAUAAAUAAUGCUUAAAAUCGAAAAUAGUGCAAGUCUCGAAACUAAAAUAGGCCAUUUAUAACGUUUAAAUAACUUAGCAAAUUUAAUUUAUUAAAUUUAAAAAUCAAAAUGAAAUGUACUUAAGUAUGAUUGAUUUGAAUUAACCGUUUCCAAAUACGUUUAAACUUUUCGACUUAGCGUUUAAACGUGCUUCGCUUGUGUUUAUAAUUCACUUCGUGUUCCAAGGAAAACAUCCUAAAGAAAUGUCAUUGAAUCCCAUGAAAUCCCUUUUUAUUUACCAAGAAAGAAGGUGGAUGACCGAAUAUUUCCUAAACAGAAAAGAAGACCUCUUUCGCGUGGGACCUUUUAACCACACGUGGAAACACGAUCGAAUUAAACUUUUUAAUUGACGGUAUACGUACAUUUGCUGAUGUUAAAUAUUGUAAUUGUGAAAACUGUACGAGUAAAUUUUACAAAUUUAAUGACCAUUGGAUCUAAAUUAGAAGAGUAUUAGCGUUAGUUUAUUUGGACAUGAAAAAGUCAAUCUGUUCAUGUAAAGAUUUUAUUAUUAACACUUUAUCUCGCUUCACUUUGCAACAAAUUAAUGAUACGAGUCCAAAUAGUACAAAAAAUAUAUAAAACUGAUCGAAAUCCAAUUUGGAAUUCUAUACAAUCGAAUUAAAUGAAUGAACGAUCAAUUAUAUUCGUUAACUCCAUCAGACAAUCGAAUAAAAAUAUCCAUUCGAUUGACAAAUAUUGGAAUUCAGAAGUGUUUGAUCAUUAAAUCAAUAUCAAUCAAGAUAUGUUAGUACGAGCCAAAAUACCCUUAGUGGGUAUUUAUGAUUGUGAAUGAGAGUAGUACAAACUAUGUUUCCUAUCUUUUAGCUCAUAUCAUUCGGUCGAAUAGCUUCUGUUAUAUAUUGCUAUUUCAUUCAUGAUCUCUAUCUCUCUCUCUGUCUUCUUACGAACGAAUGAACAAGGUAAUAACUAAAUACUUGUAAAUAAAAUUAAAAACAAAAUUAUAGAAUAUGUAUAGAUGAAUUGAUAAAAAAUUGAAUAUUGUUAAAUUAAAUUCCUGAUGGUCGGGACGUGUUUCCAUAUUAAAGAUCACUUGGACCGGAUAGAGCAACCCCUUAAAGUAUUUGACGAUGAAUUAUUUAUAGACGUUCCCGUAUAUUAAUUAUUGUACAUAUUCUAUAGAUAUGAGCAAUUCUCAACUUGUAUCGAACUCUCACUAUAUUUUAAACUUUUGAAUUAUAAAUUAUGGAAUUUUUAAUGUAUAAUUUGUAUAAACAAUAUCAAAAUAAUUUUAAAAUGAAUAAUGUAUAAUUUUAUUUUUUGUACAGGGACAUAAAUCAGGUAAUCUCAAAUAUAAAGACAUUAGUUUAA